ACUAUGGUUACUUCUCUUCGCAAUUAGCUCUCUUUCUCUCUCAUCUCAUUUCAAAAAGAUCUACUGAAUCCAUAGGGUUUCGACCCGCUAAAUUCCCAAUUUUUUCGCAUAAAAUCCAUCAAUUUUUCAAUUCAUUUCAUCUUACUGAUUACUGUAUAUGGAGACUCAACCAUAAAUGGAAUUUCAUCGGAGAAAUAUUGAUAAGCGACCUCGGAAACGGCCUCGUUUGACAUGGGAUGUAGGGCCUUCAAUUCAGCCUCCAAUUCCACUAAUUCAUAAGGUUCUUCCAACAAUAUACUGUGGGAAAGAGUUUGGAAAUGGAGCAGGGCUGAAUUAUGCUUAUUCAUCAAUGUAUUACAAAGGGAUCCCUCAUAACGGAUCCCCUCCUCGGAGGCUGGAUGAUAAAGAUGGCCACUAUGUGUUUUCCAUUGGGGAGAACUUAACUCUUCGCUAUAGGAUACUUAGCAAAAUGGGGGAAGGGACUUUUGGACGAGUCCUUGAAUGCCUUGACAAUGAAACGAAGGAACUUGUGGCAAUUAAAGUUGUUCGUUCAAUACAUAAAUAUCGAGAAGCAGCAAUGAUUGAGAUAGACGUCCUACAGAAACUUGUCAGGCAUGAUCUUGGUGGCAAACGUUGUGUGCAAAUAAGGAAUUGGUUUGACUAUCGUAAUCAUAUAUGUAUUGUUUUUGAGAAGCUUGGUCCAAGCUUAUACGAUUUUCUUCGCAAAAACAGCUAUCGUUCAUUUCCCAUUGAUCUUGUCCGGGAGUUUGGAAGACAACUUUUGGAGUCUGUAGCAUUUAUGCAUGAUCUGCGGCUGAUUCACACUGAUCUGAAGCCAGAAAAUAUUCUCCUUGUUUCGUCGGAGUACAUUAAAGUUCCAGAUUACAAGUUCCUGCUUCGACCUGCAAAAGAUGGUUCCUACUUCAAGAAUGUACCUAAGUCAAGUGCUAUUAAGCUCAUUGACUUCGGCAGCACUACAUUUGAACAUCAGGAUCAUACUUAUGUGGUGUCUACACGGCAUUACCGUGCUCCAGAGGUUAUCUUAGGUCUUGGAUGGAACUAUCCCUGUGAUAUGUGGAGUGUAGGUUGCAUACUUGUUGAGCUUUGCUCUGGUGAGGCUCUUUUCCAAACACAUGAGAACUUGGAGCAUCUUGCGAUGAUGGAAAAGGUGCUAGGGCCUCUUCCUCAGCACAUGGCUGUGAGAGCUGACCGCCGUGCUGAGAAAUAUUUUAGAAGGGGUGCAAGGUUGGAUUGGCCAGAACGUGCAACUUCAAGUGAAAGUAUGAGGGCCGUCUGGAAAUUGCUUCGUCUCCCGAACCUGAUAAUGCAGCAUGUGGAUCACUCUGCUGGAGAUCUCAUUGAUCUUUUGCAAGGGCUGCUUUGUUAUGAUCCAACUGAACGGCUGAAAGCCAGAGAAGCAUUACGACACCCCUUCUUCAGUAGAGACCUGAGAAGGUGUGGUUAUCCAAUGUAAUUGACAACCUUUUAUUUUCAUGUGUGUUUCAGUUAAAAAGAUGUGUGAAUGAGCCCUUGUAAUGAAAUAUCCUCCUCUUCUCUUUCUCUAACCCCCCCCCCCCCCAAGGAAGAAAAUGAAAUGAAAAGAAAAGAUUACCAAGAUAGAAGAUCAAGUAAGGAUUCACAUGUGAUAUUUCCAGUUUGUCUGUCCUUGGGUGUGUUGCUUCUCGUCAACUUUUAUUUUUCACUUGUUAGUGCACUAAUCAUCCUGUCUCUCAGCUAUUACGUUUUUGGGUUAUGGCUCUUCUGUGGUGUGAUAGUAUGAAA